AAAAAAAAAAAAACAUUUUGCUCCACAUAGACUUGGUAUAUUUAUCUUUGCGUUUCAGGUUAACCUCUCUCCUCACCUUUUCCCCACGUGAACUUACACAAGAAAUGCCAUUAAUCGAUGCUACAUUGUCUGAAACAUCCCCCUGACGCGUAAGAAUUUGGGCUUCAAAUCAGGGGCACUGCAGUGAGUGUGACCCGGUUUCAAGAUGCAGUGAGGAAGAGGAGAAGAAGGGGGCAUGAUCAGUACAGACAGAGAGAGAAAGAGAGGGGGCAGAGAGAGAGAGAGAGACAGAGAGAGACUCAGUGCCACAGUAAAUUCUCGGCAGAAGAGUCCAGGCUGGUUUCCUUGCUUAAGAGAAGACACAGACCCGCUAUGUCCCGAAUUGGCUGGUGCAGGUAGGUGGAUUGAUGGACCCCCAUUAUGGCAACGUGGAAGUGAUUCUACAUUCUUCCCCUGUGGCACAAUGUUGAAUAUGAUUUACCUGACUGCUGUGAGCAUCUUGUACUUGCCUGUUUUACUGUUUGAGGCAUUUGUGUUGUCUAAUGGAAAGUAUGAGAGGUCCGUGGUGCCGAGCUCUGCCUCUCGCCUGGUGGCGAGGAUGGACGGGGAUAUUAUAAUCGGUGCCCUCUUCUCUGUUCACCACCAACCCUCCGCUGAGAAGGUGGCAGAGAGGAAAUGUGGAGAAGUCCGUGAGCAGUACGGCAUCCAAAGAGUGGAGGCCAUGUUCCACGCCUUGGAUCGGAUUAACUCGGACCCAAACCUGUUGCCCAACAUCACCCUGGGCUGUGAGAUCAGGGACUCCUGCUGGCAUUCCUCGGUGGCUCUGGAGCAGAGCAUCGAGUUCAUACGAGACUCUCUCAUCUCCAUCCGGGACGACAGGGACGGGUCCAGGUGGUGCAUCGAGGGGGUGCCCUCCAGUCAGCCACCGACAACCAAGAAGCCCAUAGCGGGGGUCAUCGGGCCCGGCUCCAGCUCAGUCGCAAUUCAAGUUCAAAACCUUCUGCAGCUGUUCAACAUCCCGCAGAUCGCCUAUUCUGCAACCAGUAUCGACCUCAGUGACAAGACAUUAUUUAAGUACUUCCUCAGAGUCGUGCCCUCAGACACUCUUCAGGCCAGGGCCCUCCUGGACAUCGUCAAACGGUACAACUGGACUUAUGUGUCUGCAGUGCACACAGAGGGUAACUACGGGGAGAGUGGGAUGGAGGUGUUCAAAGAGCUCGCCUCACAGGACGGCAUCUGCAUCGCCCACUCCGACAAGAUCUACAGCAACGCCGGGGAGAAGCACUUUGACAGGCUGCUGAGGAAGCUGCGUGAGCGUCUGCCUAAAGCCCGAGUUGUUGUCUGCUUCUGUGAAGGCAUGACGGUCCGGGGGCUGCUCAUGGCCAUGAGACGGCUCGGAGUAGCCGGGGAGUUCCUCCUAAUUGGCAGUGAUGGCUGGGCCGACCGAGUCGAGGUGGUGGAGGGAUACGAACAGGAGGCUGUGGGCGGCAUCACAGUGAAGCUGCAGUCUAAAGAGGUCUCCUCCUUCGAUGACUACUUCCUGAAGCUCAAGCUCAGCACCAACACCCGCAACCCGUGGUUCCCCGAGUUCUGGCAGUACCGCUUCCAGUGCCGCCUUCCCGGACACCCGCUAGAGAACCUGAAUUAUGCACGAAACUGCACAGGUUAUGAAAGUCUGGAGGACAACUACGUUCAAGACAGCAAGAUGGGCUUCGUCAUCAAUGCCAUCUACGCCAUGGCCCACGGGCUGCAAGACAUGCACACUGUUCUCUGCCCUGGGCAUGUGGGGCUCUGUGAAAACAUGAAGCCUGUCGAUGGCAGCCACUUACUGGACUUUCUGCUCAAGACCUCCUUCACAGGUGUUUCUGGAGAGGACAUUUGGUUUGAUGAGAAUGGCGACUCACCCGGGAGGUACGAGAUUAAGAACUUCCAGCAAGUGGAGCCUGGUGUUUAUGACUACAUCAACAUUGGCUCCUGGCAUGAGGGUCUUCUCAGUCUGGAUGAUGAACUGAUGCAUAUGAACCGCAGUGACGUGGUCCGCUCUGUCUGCAGUGAGCCCUGCUCCAAAGGAGAGAUCAAGGUGAUCAGGAAGGGAGAAGUGAGCUGCUGCUGGAUCUGCACUGAUUGUAAGGACAACGAGAUCGUCCAGGACGAGUUCACAUGUAAGGCCUGUGAGCUGGGCUGGUGGCCAGAUGAAGAACUGGAAGGCUGUGAGCAAAUUCCUCUGCGCUACCUGGAGUGGAGCAAUCCAGAGUCCAUUAUCCAGGUGGUUUUUGCUUGUCUGGGCAUCCUGGUCACAUCAUUCGUUGCCUUCAUCUUUGUCUUAUAUCGUGACACGCCUGUGGUCAAAUCCUCCAGCCGUGAGCUCUGCUACAUCAUCCUCGCAGGGAUCUUCUUGGGCUAUCUGUGUCCCUUCACCCUUAUCGCCCGUCCCACCGUGGCCUCCUGCUACCUCCAGAGGCUGCUUGUUGGACUCUCAGCUGCCAUGUGCUACUCCGCCCUGGUAACCAAAACCAACCGCAUUGCCCGUAUUCUGGCGGGCAGCAAGAAGAAGAUUUGCACCAGGAAACCGAGAUUCAUGAGUGCUUGGGCUCAAGUGGUCAUUGCCUCCAUCCUGAUCAGUGUCCAGCUCACCUUGGAGAUUACCCUCAUCAUCUUGGAGCCUCCUGAACCCAUCAAAUCCUACCCCAGCAUCAAAGAAGUUUUCCUCAUCUGCAACACCAGCAACGUGGGUGUCGUGGCCCCUCUCGGCUACAACGGCUUGCUCAUCAUGAGCUGCACCUAUUAUGCCUUCAAGACCCGCAACGUUCCUGCAAAUUUCAACGAAGCCAAAUACAUCGCCUUCACCAUGUACACCACGUGUAUAAUAUGGCUGGCGUUCGUGCCAAUCUACUUUGGCAGCAACUACAAGAUUAUCACCACGUCUUUCUCUGUAAGCCUCAGUGUGACUGUAGCUUUGGGCUGUAUGUUCACCCCAAAGAUGUACAUCAUCAUUGCCAAACCGGAGCGCAACGUGCGCAGCGCGUUCACCACCUCUGACGCUGUGCGCAUGCACGUCGGCGAUGGCAAAAUUGCCUGCCGAAGCAACAGCCUGCUCAACAUGUUCAAGAGGAAGAAGAACACUGGAAACGGAAGUUCUAAUGGAAAGUCUGUGUCAUGGUCUGAACCAGGUGCAAGACAUCCUCCAAAAGGGGAUCACACGUGGCACAGACUGUCAGUGCACGUGAAGAGACAGGAAGCAGGUUCCAAUCAGAUGGCUGUCAUCAAACCCUUAACUAAUACCUACCAAAGCCGAGGCCUGGACUUCUCAGACCUCAGCACUAAGACUUUGUACAAUGUGGCUGAGGAGGACGAGAGUGACCCGAUCAUUUACAAUCCCCCCAUCACUCCCCCAAUGGUGACCCACAGACACAUUCCUGCCUGUGGGCUUAUAAAAGACGUGGAGGAGGUGAAGCUCUAUAAACCUCAGCAUCUGCAGCCAAAUUGCAUUAUCCCCCAACACGUCGUCAUGGAGCACCUACAGGGGAAUGUGACGGUUGGUAAAUUCAACAGUGACACCCCUGAUCCUAAUGAUAUGAUUAGCAUGCCCGAGGCGGUGAGCGGCGGCAUGCCCGUAUACCACCAGGCCCACCUGAUCCAGCAGGAGCAGGUCCUGCCUCUGCACAUGGACCUGUUUGAUGAGGAGCCCUCCCCCCCUUUAGAGGACGAGGAGAUGGAGAAUGAGCAGUUUGGCCUUCUCCAAGGCUACAUGUACAACAACGCCCAGAUUCAUGACGAGGACGUUGUUGAGGUCAAAUUAGCCCUGGAAAACUCUCUGGCUCUAAUGCCUCCGUCCCCUUUCCGAGAUUGCGCUGCUCCUCCAGUGAGCCCCUACCCCAAUUCGCCGGUGUCCGAGUCGAUUUUGUGCAGUCCUACCAAUGUGACAUAUGCCUCCGUCAUCCUCAAAGACUUCAAGCAAAGCUCCUCAACUCUUUGAGGGUGCACACUAAAUAUU